UUUAAAAUGAAACAAAAUUAUUGUAGAAUUUCUUCCUCGGCUGAGCUGAGCUGAACAUGGGUUAGUAACAGUAUUGUGACGGAAGAAGAAGAGCGCUCGCUAGUAGGAUAGGAGUAACUCACUGCCACCUACCCAGCAGCUGCCCGACAGGCACCGGAGGGGAGGGAGAGGCCAAGAGAAGAUCCAAGAUGUCUGAGGUGGUGGCGAUGGCGGGACAGGCGUACAUGAGACAGCUGCAGACCCACCCGCUGCGCACCAAGGCCAUCACCUCCGGCGUCCUGGCCGGGUGCAGCGACGCCGUCGCCCAGAAGAUCUCCGGCGCCACCAAGCUCCAGCUCAGGAGGCUCCUCCUGAUCGCGCUAUAUGGAUUCGCAUAUGCCGGACCCUUUGGACAUUUCCUCCAUAAGCUUAUGGAUAGGUUUUUCAAGGCAAAGAAAGGAAAAGAAACUACAGCCAAGAAGGUCUUAGCGGAGCAGCUGACCGCAUCUCCAUGGAACAACAUGAUGUUUAUGAUGUAUUAUGGUCUGGUGGUUGAAGGGAGACCAUUUGGACAAGUAAAGAGCAAGGUGAAGAAGGACUAUGCAUCUGUCCAAUUGACAGCUUGGAAGUUCUGGCCAAUAGUAAGUUGGAUCAACUAUGAAUACAUGCCACUCCAGCUCCGAGUUCUUUUCCACAGCUUCGUCGCGUCCUGCUGGGCGGUAUUUUUGAACCUAAAAGCAGCAAGAUCCAUCGCUAAUACUAAGAAGGCAUGAAAGGAGCUAUAUAUGCUACGGAUCAAACUUAGAGCAGAUGCCAUCAUCGAUCUGUAUUGCCGUUUGAGAGAAAAACGAUGGAUAGAUAUGUAGGCCAAGUGCCGAAUUUCCUUUUUAUGGUUCCUAUUCCCGCAGGAAUUGAAUUAUGUUGUUUGCUGCGAGUAGUUUGCUCCGUUUGUCGGUGUCAUCCGUCUGUACUUCCAGUAGAACACGGUUUGUGCACAAAGAAUGGACGCUCUUGUUUGUAUGUGAACGGACAAUAUAUGUAUGUACUCUUAAACCCUAUGAUUAAUUAGUAAUGAUGGAAAUGCGAUGGGUUACGUCGCAUUGCGUUGAUGAAA